GGGGGUCUUACAAAUCUUGACUGGUCCACUUGAGCACACUAGACUUUCCACGACGAAUCCAAUCCAAGAUGGCGCAUACACUUUACAACAUGAGUAAACGAUAAUGUUGGUUAUCAGCCAUGAAGCUCGCAGUUGUUGUUCUUGUCCUCCUCUGCAACAGCUGGAGAUGUUUAGGCUCGUCUCACCAUAAAGAGUCAUGUCGCCAUCCUCCAUCCCAGUGGUGUCGCUCUUUGGAGAUUGCUAUCGAGUGUAAGGUGCAGAAGCAAUGCAUGGAGCUAAGUGCUAUGCGUCCUAACGAUGCGGUUCCUCGGGUGUCUGUCACGUUGUACUAUGAGAGUCUGUGUCCAGCCUGCAGAGUCUUCCUCACUCAGCAGCUUUUCCCCACCUGGACUAUGCUGCAGGACAUUAUGCGGGUCACACUGGUCCCGUAUGGAAACGCUAAGGAGCUGUUGACAGGCAACACUACCUUCACCUGCCAGCAUGGAGAGCCGGAAUGCCGCGGAAAUAUGAUUGAGGCCUGCAUCCUGCACUUGUCGGACCACGCAGCUUUCCAGACCAUCUUCUGCAUGGAAUCGGCUGCCGAUGUUCUCAGCGCAGCGCAGCCAUGCCUUCACAUGCACGCUCCCUCCAUCUCCUGGGCCACUGUGGACUCCUGCGUGAGGGGAGGUCUCGGCCGCAAACUGAUGCACGCCAACGCUGCCAUGACCAGAGCGCUCAGCCCCGCCCACACGCAUGUCCCGUGGGUCACCUUCAAUGGGGAAUACAAGGAAGAUCAUGAAGACCAGGCCAUGACCUCCCUCUUCCAUUUGGUCUGCCAACUGUACAAGGGGGUGAAGCCUCCCGCCUGCACCGGAGCAGCGGUCAGACUCGACAGAGGCUUCUGCUAGAAAGGUGUAAGAGUCAAGCACAUCAAAUCAUGCAUGUUAUAUUACUAUGUUUUGUCUGAUGAUGAUGCACAUUAAAGAAAAAUCCUAGGACAUCAUUUGUAAGAAUCAUGAAACCAACAUCAAUUUCCAUAUAAUUUAUUGGCAUUUCCCCCCACAUAAAACACCCUGAACUCCCGAAAAUCAUUUGGUUUUUAAAAGGUGAAAGCAGUCGGAGUGGCAGAUCUACUGUUAUACUUGUCAAGCAUAUUUGAUCUUCAUAGGCUCCGGAACAUACUUUUCUUCUUCUUCUUCUUCUUCUUUUAAUUUUUGUUUUAUACAGUACUUUGUCCUGGACAGACGCGUACGAAUAAAUAGCUUUCAAGAAGUUCGCACGACAUGAUUGACACGAAUGACGACAGCUCAAAACAGGAAGUAAGCGCGAGCAGGG